AUGGCAGCCAUCAUAUCUCUCAAAAGUUGUUGUUACAUUUGUCAUCGCCCAUUUGCUGAAUCAAAAAAGUUAAGAAAUCAUCUAUUUACUCUUCACAGUGUUGAUGUUGAGCCUCGUCCUCAUGGCAAAAGUCGUUACAACACUGAACACUACGUAUACGUUAAAAAGAACUCGGACGCGUCACAUUCAAUGAUAUUGGAACAUUUUGAAUGCCCAUCAUGCCUCAAUCACUACGCUACCAUGAACGAGUUAAAGGAUCAUAUU